UAGAAUGGGUGAUGUCGAGGCUUCGACUUACGGCGACUACAAGUUCGUGGCACGGGUGGAUCACAUAAAGACCCUCAAUCAGGCCAUCAAGUCCAUCUGCUUUAAUGAUUAUGGUAUGCUGCAGGUGUCAGAGGAUGGACUUCGCAUCACCGUGGAGCAGGGCAAGUCCAUUCAGGCCACGCUCUUCAUGCCGCCGGGCGCCUUUAUGGAGUUUUACGUGCAGGACUUCCUGAGCUUUGGCCUGAAGAUGAACGUGCUGUCCGAGUGCCUUAAUCUGUUCGGAUCCGCCGAUUGCAGCCUGAGGAUGAUGUACAGGGAUCAAGGCGAUCCACUGAGGAUCAUUCUGUAUCCCUAUGAUAAUGAGGAUGUGAGCACCGAGUGUGCCAUUAAAACAAUGGACUGCGAGGAGCCAAUUGACUAUGACAAGAACCUAAAGGAUCCGGACCUGAAUGUAAUUUUCGUUCGCGGUCCAAACCUGUCGAAAGUAUUCCACGAACUGGAGAAGUCAGCGGAGGAAUUUGAGUUCGUCACUUCGCCCGAUCGCCCGCAUUUUAAGAUCACCACCGUUGGCAUCAUGCAAGCGGUGUUCAGCGUGGAGGUGGCCAAGACCAGUCCCAUGAUGAUGAUGUUCAACUGCAAACAGACGGUGGUCGCCCGCUACAAGAGUCAGCAGAUCCGCGUGACCAACAAGGCAAUGCAGUCAGCCACCAAGGUGGCCAUUAAAACCAACGCCAUUGGCCUGCUGGAACUGCAUCUGGUGAUGCAAGGCGAGGGCCACGAAGAGAUUUUUGUACAGUUCUUCAUUAUUCCGCUGCUCCAAACAGAUUAGACUUUAUUAAGUUUCAGAAGGCGACUAUUAACAUAGCUUUUUAUUUUUUUCUGGGUGCUCAGAAGAUUUUUCGAGCAGCGGUUUAUAUAUCUCUAAAAACUGAUACAGAGUCGAAAUAAUAUAUAUUAAGUAUAUAAAAGUAUAUAAUAUUGGCAUUAUCCAAAUUAAAGUGAAACCCUUUGUUUCCAAUUUUAUACUUAUGUAUAGACCCUUUAAUAUUUUCCAUAUACUGCGC